AUGGCCUCUUUCCCAACUUCUGUCAGACUAGCGAGCAGGAAGAGCUCCUCAACGUUAACGCCGGUGCGGUUCCUUGGCCACAGAUCAAUCAGUCUACAAGAUAGGCCAAGACCAUUUGCUCUCACCCGCAUUUCGCCAGCAGUCGUCGUGAACCGAGUCCGCUUCUCCAGCAGCAGCGCAAUCACUGCGACAGCACAAACACAGCAACGAACGUCUCCACCACUAACGCCAGCCCAACACACGCAAAUCCUCGCAACACAACGCCUCUCCCGACCAGUCGCACCGCACCUUUCUAUCUAUAAGCCGCAGAUCCACUCCAUUGCCUCGGCUCUGCAGCGCAACACCGGCCUCCUCCUGUCCGGCGGGCUGUACAUCUUCGGCAUCUGCUACGCUCUGAACUCCAUAGUACCUCUCGGUGAUGUCACAGCAGGAACGAUCGCCCUAGCAGCAAGUCUCGGCGGACUAGGCUGGGGAAUGGUCGGAUGGAUAGGGAAGGGGUUGGUGGCGUGGACGGGAAGCUUUCAUAGCAUCAAUGGAUGUCUGGGGUUGUUGAGGGGGACUGCAAGUCCGGAGUGGCAGUCGGGUCGAGGGAGAGGUUUGUGA